AUGAUGGAAGAAGAAGAUGUAAUGUAUCAAUUGGCCACUUCAGCUGAUGUAUUCAGUCAAGAGAAGAUACAGGAGCUGCCUCCGCACUACCGAAAUGAUUUGAAGAUCAAUCUCUUGCCUGGUACCGUUCCCCCAUUCGGCCCGCUUUACCCAUGUUCCGCUCCAGAGUUGAAGGCCCUUCAGGAGUACCUAGACAAAGAGUUGUCUUUAGGAAAGAUCUCCAGAUCUAACAGCCCAGCAGCAGCACCCAUAUUGUUCAUACCUAAGAAGGAUGGGAUAUGGCGAAUUUGUGUUGACUACAGAGGUUUGAACAGGGUCACUGUCAAGGAGAAGUACCCGCUGCCUAUCAUGAGCGAGCUCAGGGAUAGGUUGUUCAAGGCCAAGAUCUUCACAAAGAUAGACCUGAAGAAUGGCUUCAAUUUGAUCAGGAUAGCAGAAGGGCAUGAAUGGAAAACCGCUUUCAGAACCCGCUAUGGACUGUAUCAGUAUAAUGUGAUGCCAUUUGGUCUAUGCAACGCCCCUUCCGCCUUCCAGGCAAUGAUCAAUGAUGUGCUAAAGGAACUACUGGAUGAAGGAGUGGUUGUCUAUAUCGACGAGAUCCUCAUCUAUUCGGAGACUGAGGAAGAGCAUGAAAGGCUAGUUGAGAAGGUCCUACAGAAGCUCAGAGAAGCAAAACUGUGUGCCUCCAUCAGCAAGACAUCCUUCCACGUCCGAGAAGUAGAAUACCUGGGCUAUCACAUCUCGGAAAAAGGAGUGUCUAUGUCAGAGGAUAAGGUGGAGGCGGUUCAGGAAUGGCCAGUACCCCGAAAUAUUAAGGGAGUGCAAGGCUUCCUGGGAUUUGCAAACUUCUAUCGCCGCUUCAUUGAAGGCUUCAGUAAAGUUUGCAAACCUCUGACCGACCACUUGCAAAAUGACAAGAAAUGGUAUUGGACCGCAGCCUGCAAACAAGCAUUUGAGGAACUCAAGAGGCUAUUCACAAGCGCUCCAAUCCUUCUCCAUUUUGACCCUAGCAGAAGAACUGUGGUUGAAACUGAUGCCAGUGACUUUGCCAAAGGAGCGGUGCUCUCUCAGUAUGGGGAAGAUGGGAAACUACACCCGGUAGCUUUCUAUUCUAAGAAAUUCUCUCCGGCUGAGAUCAACUAUGACAUUCAUGAUAAGGAAAUGGGAGCUAUUGUAGCUUCUUUCCGGGAAUGGGAGCAUAUGCUCAAGAGUUGUGAGCAUGAGAUCACGGUUUUCACAGACCACAAGAACUUGGAGUACUUCAACUCUACCAAAGUUCUCACUAGGCGGCAAGCUAGAUGGUCUGAGGACCUAGCAGGCUACAAUUUCAAAGUUGUCUACAGACCGGGAGAAAAGAACGGCAAACCUGAUGUGCUAUCUAGGCGUUGGGACCACCGCCCUGAAGAGGGGGGUGAAACCUUGCGGCCGGAGCCACAGAUGUUUUUUCGGCCAGGUCAAUUGGUUUUGGAUCCUCUUAAGCUAGCGGCUGUCAGGGUGAAUCAAUUGCAGAAUACAUUCUUAGAGCGCCUAUCUGCGGCAGCUAAAGAGGAUGGAAUCUGGCAGGAACUGCACCGCUCCCUGGUUGAAAGGAAACCAAACUUGGACCAGAACUUGUCUGUCAAGGACGGUCUCAUCUUCUACAAGAAUCGAUGGUAUAUUCCCAAAGACAAGAAGCUUCAGAUGGAUAUCCUGACCGAUACCCAUGACUCCAAAGUGGCAGGCCAUUUCGGCCAGUUCAAGACAUUAGAGCGGGUGGAAAACAACUUCUUUUGGCCCAACAUGGAUAAAGAUGUUGAGGAAUAUGUCCGGAGCUGUGACAGCUGCCAGAGGAAUAAGACCUCAAGACUGUAA